GCUGUUGGACAGGACAAGUUAAGAAAAAAAAUAAAAUAAAAUAAAAAGAAACUGAAAGUAAAAUACCUGUAGCUGUCACAAAUAUGCUGUUCACAUGUGAUUCAACCUGCAGCAGCAGCAGCGCUGCUUUGUUUAAUAGCAGCUCUGCUCAGGAUCCACCGGGUGGUUUAACCAGACACCGGAACCGUUCUGAACGUAACCCUUCGUCUGGAUCUAAAACCGUCACCACUGCUGCACACAUUUAGAAAACGACGCUCAAUGAGACCCUUUCUGUAUUCUGGCAUUUGAUUAGAUUUGUAGUUCGAGUGAAUUCAUCAAUCAGCAUGAAAUCAGUUCUGAGCUCCAGCUAGAGCUGCUGCUGCAAUGCAGCCUAAAUGAUCAUGUUUAUUUUAUUUUUAUUUCUUAAUGGGCUUAUCAAAGUCUGUGUCUCGCUAGGAUGUCUGGGGGGUUAAGGGGCGGGGUUACAGUGCUCAACACCAUACGCCACGCCCACACAGAGGAAUUAAAAAAAAAAAGGCUUCAAAUUAGCUUUUUAAGACAUUUAGGAUGUGGAAUUUUCGUUAAAAACUUCACAGUCCUGAUUAAAACCCCAUGGGAACAUUUAAAGAAAAUAAAUUGUUGUAGGGGGACUUUUUACUUGUGAAAUUACCUCUUCUCUAUAAAUUUACAACUUUAUUCUCAUGAAAUUACCACGAGGGACGGAAAACUUGAGCAGGUUAAUGCCACUUCACUGAUUUAAGUGUGUAAUGACACAUAGGAUAAUGAUAGACGUAGAAUUGAUUUUAUGUUAAGUGUUCAGCUCGGCGUUGGGGCUGAGUGUGUCAGGCAGUCGCCAACCUUUAUCUAACCAUGGUCCAUAGUCCGCCUCUGCAGAGAAGAUGUCGUGGCUUACUUCACCAAGUCCACCAGUUGCUUCUGGAAAACAGUCUUUAUUAUUUAUAUUUAUUAUAAUGUGACUGAUGGUAGUUCUGCUGGAUGAUCCUGAUCCACUGAACCAAACUGCAGUGAGAUUCAGCAGCGGAACCGCCGAAAGGAUCAAACAAACCCGAGGAUCUGAUAACUGAACGGCGGAGUUCCAUCAGAACCAACUCCUCCAUCACUAUCAUCUAAAUCUAACAGACGAGUAUUUUACAUGACAAUGAUGCGCGCGCAUCAUGACGUCACUAUCUAAGCUCUUUCUCCUGCAUGUUGCACGAAAGGCUGUUGCGACUGCGCAUGCGUGUCGUUCGCUCAUAUGUAUACAUUCGUACUCACGCGCAUCCUGGAGCCAUAAAUACAUCUUUAUGCAUAUGCGCACGUGCGCGUAUCUCAGCAUCUCUGACGUCCUUAAAGGAGACGCGCUUCGCGCUCCCGGCUCUCCUGCUGCUCCCGCAGACAGGUGGAGCGUGAGACAGACAGACAGACGGACGGCGGAGGGACGGACAGAGCGGCCGGGGCUGGAGAGGAUGCGCGCGCCCAGCAGCAGCUGCAGCCUGGCGUGAUCAGUUCAGCGAGGAGCGCGAGGAGCGGACCGGAACCAUGAGCUGCAACUGGGGAGCCGAGCUGUGGGAUCAGUUUGAUAACCUGGAGAAACACACCAGCUGGGGAAUCGACUUCCUGGAGCGAUACACCAAGUUUGUGAAAGAGCGAGCUGACAUCGAGCUGAGCUACGCCAAACAGAUCAGGAGUCUGUCCAAGAAGUACCACCCAAAGAGGAGCAGGGAGGACGAGAGCAGGUACACCUGGUGUUUGGGUUUUGCGGCGACUCUCCAGCAGCUGAGCGAGAUAUCCGUUCAGAGAGAGGAGCUGGCGGAAAACCUGAGCUCGCAGAUCGUGUGUGAGCUGAUGCGAUACACCCAGGAGUUAAAGGCAGAGAGGAAGACGCAUUUCCAAGAUGGUCGACGUGCUCAGCAGCACAUCGAGAGCUCCUGGAAACAGCUGGAGUCUAGUAAACGCCGCUUUGAACGUGACUGCAAAGAGGCGGAGAGAGCUCAGCUGGUCUCAGACAGAAUCGACCUGGACAACAAGACGGACGGCGAGAAGCGCUGCUCCCUGAAGGCUCGCCAAACAGCCCAGCAGAAACAUCAAGCUGCUGAGGAGUCCAGGAAAGACUACGUGACCAGUCUGAACCAGUUCAACCAGGACCAGCACCAGCACUACCACACACUGGUACCAGUUAUAUACCAGCGCAUUCAGGACAUGGAGGAGCGGAGGAUUGAGAGAAUCAGCGAAGCGAUGCGCCUGUCAGCGGAGGCUGAGAGGAAAGUGCUUCCAGUCACCAGUCGCUGUCUUGAUGCCAUGGUGGAUGCUGCAGAAAGCAUCCAGCCUCGGAAGGACACGCGUCAGGUCGUGGAAGUGUACAAAUCUGGCUUUGACCCUCCAGGAGACGUAGAGUUUGAAGACUACAGCACCUCCAUGAGGCGGAGCAUCUCUGAAUCCAGUUACCUCGACAACCGGACUGAAGGACGACGACACAGCAGGAAACUGUGGCCUUUCUUACGAAAAAACAAGCCUCCACCUCCACCUCCUACAUCGCCUUCACCUGGGGGUGUGGCCAACAGCCCCCAGUCACCAACUCCGGCUUCCAGGGAGCCAAUCACACAACGGCUCAAUGACCUCAUGAGCUCCGGCUCCAGAACAAGGAAGCAGUGUCUCCGCAGCAUUAAGAGAGGGGUCGGACAGCUGUCACUGAAACUGGGUUCCAGCCCGGCAGACUGCAGCCACCUUCCUGCUGAGCAGCGGCGCAAGAAGCUGCAGACCAGGAUCAACAACAUCAACCAGGAGAUCCAAAGGGAGAAAGAGCAGAGAGACGCUCUGUUGAAGAUGAGGGAGGUGUAUGAGCGGAGCCCUCAGAUGGGAGACGCUAGCAGUCUGGAGCCUCGGCUGGAGGAGGUGAAGCAGAAUCUGCAGAAACUGGAGGAGGAGCUGAAGAGGAACCAGGUGUGGCUGUCUGAGGUGGACAUCAGGAUGUCUGACCACAGCGGCAGAAGACAGAGUGCAGGCUGUGGGUUGAAUUCUCAAGCAACCACCCCCGGCAGCAGCAGCUUGAAACAGCUGGACAAUCGGAACCCAGCUAGCAGAGAAAGUCCUGAUGGGAGUUACACCGAGGACCACAGCGCAGAGCUUCACUUCAAGUCUCGCAGCUCAGAAUUUGAUGAUGACUUUGAUGAUGAAGAACCCUUACCCAGUAUUGGCACCUGCAAGUCCCUGUACCCCUUUCAAGGUCAGAAUGAGGGCACUCUGUCGAUGGUGGAGGGGGAGCUACUUUCUGUGGUGGAGGAGGACAAAGGGGACGGUUGGACCAGAGUGCGGAGGAACCUGGAAGAGGAGGGAUAUGUUCCCACCUCCUACAUCAAGGUCUUCUUGGAUACCAGCGCUAAAGGCUUUGUGCAGAAUAGUCGGCUAGUCUAGCACAGUAUUCCACCAGAGAGGACGCCUGGACACAGGAAGGGAUGCAGAGAGCUCAGAGGAAGUCUGCUGACAGCUUGUCACUUAUUCCCAGCAGUCAGGUGGUAGAUGGAAAAAAUCCUCAAAUCUGACCUGAUCAGACCUUUAAAUGUUUUCAUGAAAAUUAAUCUUGUGAUCAAAUCGUAAACCCUCAUCUGAAAAGCAUCAUUCUUUCAUUUGCCCCUUUUUGUGAAGAAGUGUUUGCUGAAGUGGCUCUGGAGGAGGCGGAGCAGCCUCCUGAGGUGUGAAGGUCCCAGGAGUUAGAGAGGAGAGGAAGAAGAGGAAGCUUGUUUUUGGCGUGCCCGGCUGCAGAGGAGUCACCGGUCUGCACGCCGUGACGUCUCUGUGGAUGCAGGCCGCUUCAAGCCUUUUAGAGACGACUGUAAAUAUAACUCGUAGCUACUGAAGAGUAGCCCCGCCCCCGCAAACCCUCUCUGCUAUGCCCAAACAGUAACCGGCCAAUGUAGGCUCCGCCCCCAACCCCGUCCCUGCUUGUAGGUCAUGUUAAUGAUUCAUAAUGUGAAAAGUGGAUUUUAUUUGAUUCUUUUCAUAUUUAACAGUGAUCAUUUUAUUAUUAUGGUUUUUUACUGAGAAGUGAGGCUACUGAUCAGCUGCUUUUUAACCUGCUGUAUGUUCUAUUUUAAAAUAAAGUGCAUUUUGAGUUUAACACA